AGACGAAACAAGAGCAAAGUUGAAACAAAGACAAAGAGAAAGCUCUGACACUAACGAAUGAGUCUGUGAGAUCAAAACAAUAAGGAAACCAUGCUGGAGGAAGGAAAGGAGACUCAGGACUUUGAGGCCGAGGACAAUGAGGACGAUGGGACGUUCACCAACAUCUCUCUGGCAGAUGAUACAGUGGCCAGUGGAUCUGCAGCCCUGUACACGAAACAGGAGAACAAACUAUUCAUCAUGAACUGCGACAUAGACGGAGACAUGGAGAACCAGGUGGAGAUGGAGGAGAAGACGCGGUUAAUAAAUCAAGUUUUGGAACUUCAGCACACACUGGAAGACCUGUCGGCGCGGGUCGACGCAGUCAAGGAGGAGAACCUCAAGUUAAAGUCUGAGAACCAGGUUCUCGGUCAGUACAUCGAGAACCUCAUGUCCGCCUCAAGCGUCUUCCAGACCACCGACACCAAGAGCAAACGGAAGUGAGGCACACCUCCGAAAAACACCUCAAGUCCCGGGCCGGCCGCUGGGAGAGGAGAGCCGCCACGGAGACAUGGAGAGGGCUUUGUUUUCUCAGCAGACCUGGGCGCUUUCUGUUAACCUACCCGAGUCCAAACUAACUAUUUAAAACUCCAAAACUGACUGUCCACCGUCCUGCUGCCUUGGAAAUAGAUCAUUUAAUGUUAGUGCUGCCCGGGUGUGUUCUGCAGCAGCUUCUCCUCACUGCAGACCAGGUAGAUGUCACCCUUUAAUCACCAACACUAAAACAGGAGCAGGUCGUGUGUACGAGCUGGUUAAAGGUCUUUGGACCUUGAAUUUCCUCUUAAUACUCUCCGUCAGAAUAGUAUCUGUAAAUUCUUAGCUCUAGUUUACCUGCUUGGUUUUCAGUUUGAGGACUGCUCUGAUUUUCUGUGGUUUUCCCAACGACAGCGUUCCCGUCUGAUCCCGAACCACAAACCAUCCGCAUUACAAACACUGUUUGACCGUGAAGCUCAGCUCAACACUGCUUUAUAUAAUUAUUUAUUUUUUUGAAAUGUUUUCUACGUCAGCCAGAGUUUUUUAGUAAGUCUUGGAUGUCAUCAUGUCUGUGAAGCACGACUACUCCUCCAUUUACAAGCUGGCAAACUCGACAGUAUUACUGACAAACAAAUGUAUUUUCAUCGCAUGUAUCAGUCGUUUUAGUUUAAAAGAUGAGUAUGACAUGUCUCUGAAUCGAUCAGUAAAUUACAGACUGUAUAAAGCUACUCAGAAUUUUUUAACAGGUGGAGACUAGAAAACUAAAUGCACUAUGAGAGCUCAGUAACAAUGCAGCUACAAGCACAGAGAAACUAAAAGUUGUGUUAACUCCAUAAAAGUGUCAAUCUCAACUAACUUCAGAGAUGUUUUUUUGCAAGUGGUUAAAUUAAUAAAUUCCAAUGAUAUAA